UGUUCUGGAAUUGGAUCCUAUAAACUAUUUGUGAUGAAAUGUCGCAAAUAGGCCCAUCAACACCACCCUCAAAUCGGAGUGAUGGUUUGCCAAUUACCAGUUUAACUCUACUUAUUAUCCUACUCUUACCGUGUGUGGUUCUUCUAUUGCUGUUGAACUGUUUGUUUCUGGGUUACAAGUUACAAAUUUGUUCAAAGAAGAACAGAAAAAGACAACGAGAGGACUACGAGAGUAUGUUACAGUCUACUCUGUCGACGCGCCAGAGAAUGACCAGAAUAUCCGAGACGCCAUUGUUGCCAAAUCAAGAUGGGAAAAGGGCUUACAUCUCGGUUUCAGAGACUAUUCUGGCACAGCCCUCGAACUCUUCAAGAACUUCGUCAAAGGAGAGGGCAGCAGUGGACCAGAGAAUCCGAUUCAUCCGGCCGGACGGGUCCACAGGCGGUUUCUUGGAGUCCCUGAGGACGCAGAGCACCAUAUUGGCCACCUCCAGGGUCGACCCGACGCGUAGGUCACGAAUGUACAGCAGGAACAAAAUGAACUGGCGCAGAAGCGCCCCUGUCCUACCGCAGUCAAGUGAUUCAGAGGUAGAACGGCCUAACCUUGUACCACCCAACUCGCCUGCGCUAAAUAAUCCACACUCAACGGUAACAUCUGACCAGAGGCCCAUGCGUCGGUGCAGCACCAUGGAGCUAUUGAACAACAUAGGAGAACACCAGUUUGAUAUGGUUGACUUCGAAUGUGAAUAUUCCAGUAACAUACCUCCAGAGAUGUCAUGCUUUGUUGUAUCUGACAACUCUUCCACCAUGGGCCCUGGAUUGGACAGCGACUUUGGCGCAAGCGCAGGUGUCUCGCUCCGGAUUUUAUCCGCGGACAGCGACGGUCUCAACAACGGUUUUUGGGACUCCGGAAUGGAAUGGGACUAUUACGACCCGUGCUAUGUGAGGGAGAAAAACAUACCCAAACAGAAACAUCACAUGCCUGCAUUGCAUACCAAGCAUUAUUGGGUAUGAUGCCAGAGAACAUAUAAUAUUUUUAUAUUUAUUUAUUAUUAGGCUACAUAUUUUUCUCCAAAUAUUUAAUUCUAAAAAGCGCACUAACACAGAUUAUCACUUUUUCCAUUUAGCCAAAUGUAACUGCCCCCCCCCCCACCCACCAGUUUUGUAAAGAACUGCACUCACUUUUGUAAAUCACUGUCAAUGUAUAUUCAUUGUCAGACACUUCUACUAUUCACAUGGUUUGUUACACUUGAAUAAGCACAUUUAUUAUAUGCACUAAAAUUGCUUGAACAUUUGAUUUCAACCACUAAUAAAGUUGUCAAUAAAGAUUGUAUUGCAAGC